AUGGCAGGCCCCACCAUUGGCAGAUUGCUGCCCAGGAGGAGAACCUUUGCGGUUUUCUCGUUGACCCUGCUGCUGGCCGUCACGGGCCUUUUCCUGGCGCAGCCGGAACUUCUGCAACAGCUGACGGCAAGCCACAGCAGGCCACAGCUUAGGCAGAGCUUCGAAGGAGGUGAAGACCCCCUACCAGGUGAUUCAGAAACGGCCGCCGCCACUCCCGCUCCUACCCCCCCUCCGACCCCGGCGCCCAGCCCGCCCCCAACGCCGACCCCCUUCUCGUUCCGCUACCCCGUAGUGGUGGAGAAGAAGGCAGUCAGCUCCCGAAUGCGCGUCGUGUUUCUGGUUGGACUGGAAGGCACGGGCCACCACUAUAUGGCCGACGUCCUCGAGGACGUGUGCAAGAAGGACAAGGUGCGGUGCCCCAAGCUGUGCGUGAUGGCCAAGGUACUCUACCCGGAGCUGUCUCUCCCCAAGAGCAGAAACGCGUACUGGGACGCGCGGAAACGCUUGCGGGAAGAGAUGGAGAAACUGGCCGCUUUUCCGGAGGAGAGCCUUGCCGAGGGCGAGUCGACUGUCGUUAGCUUCGGGGCCUGCCGCUUCCAGGGUACGGGGAUGAUGUCCUACCCGAACUUCAACGGUGACGAGAAGGCCCUACAGUACGUGGACUUCAGGCUGGUGGCGGAGGAGGCCGAGAGAGCCGGCGUGGACAUGCGGUUCGUGUACCUUGCCCGAUCGGCGGCGGACAUCCUCACCUCGGACAGCGGGCACCACAACUACGGGGGCUCGUUUAUCCGGGAGUCCCGAAUCCUCCUCAACAACCUGGCGGUUGUCCACUCCACCUUCCAAGAGCUGGACCCGUCCUUCACCACCUGCUUCCGGUACGGGGAGAUGGCCGACCCGGCGCAGGCCGCCCGCGUGGCCGGCUUCCUCGCUCCGAACAACCACACGGCGGAGAAGCUGGCUGACCAGAUCCUCUCCCACGUCAAGAUCAAGUCGCCGCCGGAAUCGGGCAACAUUAAGUCGGGGGGCAAGGGCGGCAAGCGACUAAAACACCUGGAGGACGUGGACCCGCCGAAGGCUGCCGUGGUAACACGACUCCCGCAGAGAUGGUUGCUGGCGUAAGAUCAACCGGGGACUGGGCUAAACUCUCGCGCUGCGUGCUUGCAGCCGCUGUUCCUACCUCUGCUGUUCCUGCUUGUGGUUUCGUGAGGAUUGUUUUGGUUCGGGCUAUGGGUUCGAGUUGGGGGUUAGGUUGCUUGUUUUCGACGUCUGUUGUUUGCGCGGGGUCUCUGUAUCGCUCGCGGGACUUGCUCGCGGUGCGUAAGCCCUUUCGGCAACGUUUUGCACGUGAAGGGGUCGAUGCCGGCGACAAGAGCGACUGCCACCCGCGGAGUCGCGGGUGGUUUCGCGGCACUGGCGUGUGCGUCUACAAGCGUCGAGAAGGCACGACGUGUACCGCUUACGUUGUGUGUGCGUUUGGGAAUGCUUGCGGGAGAGUCCGCAAAGUGCCUGCCUACGCUUACCACGCGGUGGCACCAGCUGUUUGCACCGUUGCGCGUUUGUACAGUUUUUCACGGGACAUGGUGUACACGUCGUGAGGAACCGAAGCCCCCUUGAGUGUGGAUCGGCAAGUCUUUGGCUGUUUUCUCGUAUGGGUGUGCGGCGUUUUCUGUGGGCCUUCUACGGAGCUGGAGGGGGGCCCGUGCUUGUGAGUGUCGUUUUGUGUGUCAAAUGCGUUUCAUUUCUUAUUUUUGCUCUUUUACAGUCGAUAGUGUUGAGCCGUACACCUCUUGUACCUGUAGACUUAACGUUGUCACGACCGCUGUGUGUCUUGCGCGGAUGUCGAGCUUGCCGCAUCGAAGCGCAUGCGCCCCGUAUUUUAGCAGCCUGUAAUAUGUUCCUCGUUCGCAAAAUGGGGCAACCUGUUGUCUAGACAACACAAGCAUCCCGGAAUUUGGGUCAAAUGAGGAGACGAACCUCUCCCCGAAUCAUACACAGCAGUUAUUUCGAAAUAUUGGUAAGCUAGCAAGAGGCUUCGUGUAAGGAGCCUGUAUGGUGAGGUGUUGACAGAACGAAAGCCGCGUGAUGUGUGUUGGUUCCCUUGUCGCGGGACUGUUAUUUUCUUGUGGUCGUCGUAGUCGUCGUUGUUUUUGGUGUCAUGUCUUGUAUGUUCGUUGUGGUGAGGUGUGUCAUCUGCUGUCGGUUGCGUGGUUUUGGUUUGAAUCACCCCUCUCUUCCCACAAGCCUUGCCCGAUGGAUGAGCGAGCGAUGGGCUGGGUGGGCGAUACAUUCAGUGGUGGCUGUCUGGAACAGCGUGCAUUGACGGAAUGACCCGUUCGUCGGUUUUGUUUUUUGUGGAAUGCUGUGCGGUAGACGGAACAUGUCCUCUCCAUCCGGUGUUGUCUCCUCGUUAUUUGCUGCCGCCCGUAGUUUCACACUGUAGCGGCUUGAUGAUGCCUGCUUGCUGUCCCUGUCAGUGACGACAAUAUGCACGCUUGGCGGAAUGAUUCCUUCGUCGUUCUUUUGUAUUUCAAUCAACAGUAUGCGGUAGACGGAACGUAUACUGCGUCGUCCGGUAUUAUUGUCUUCUGGUGCUUGGCCGGGUGCUAAAAAGAACAUCCUCUUUG